CAAGCUUUACGACCACUGGAAAUCAUCGCCAUGCGUUCAGCCUCGCGCAUGCGCACUGAACGAACACACGUAACUGAAAUACACGCACACACAAAAAGAGAGAGAGAGGGAGAGAGAGGCAGCUCUGGGAUCAGCUCAACUAUUUUUUGUUUUGUUUUGUUUUUAAUUUCCAAAUGUAACGCGACAAUAUUACCCACCCGGCUGCCCUUAUGGUUCCCAUAGCAGGGCACUCCAUUGAAUUUCUUUCAUGUUUCAUUUUUAAGUCCAACCAAGGCGGAUUUAUCGAAUAGCUCGCUCAUCCGUAGAGGAAAUAUUUUUCUUUCGGUAUUUAACAUUUUAAGUUCGCAAACUUUGGCCACACCUAGAUCCUGCCCUAUUUAAAUCCUAAAAAAAAAAGGAUUUUUUUUUUUUUUUUCUCUCACUGGCUUGCUGGUGGUGCGUUUGUUUGUGUGACGGCGAGUCCCGGCGGUGUGUAACCGGAGAGGGGCCUCACAGAGGGAAUGCAGGACUGCAAUGGAGCACAAUGCAAUACAGGAUUUCUGUUAUGGAUCUGGUCCAAAACAUGGCAACGUACCAAAAAUGAAGAGUGACUCGAUUUGCUGAGUCAUUUCUUACAAACUACACAGUGGCUCCGCCACCGCAGAGUAGUCGCAGUUUCAUUUGGAUAAUGUUCAAAUUUCAUGGAUUGCAAAUUGAUAACUUGAGAUCUCAAUAAGUGCCAAAACUCUCAUCUUUCUCCUUAGAGUGAAUGUUUUUUUUUUGUUUUUUUUUUCUAAUUGGAUUGUUUCCUUUGAGGCAGCACGGUGCAUUAAUGGUGAGCCCGUCUGUCUCACAGUUUGAAUCACGGUUUGAUCUCCAUCAGUGUGUCUCUCAGAUGAAAAUUUGAUGAAAAUUUCUCCACUUCAACACGCUGAUUCCUUUCUAUGACCUUUUGAGGACGUCGUCUCUCUGAUGCUUAUGUGGUUGGGUGCUCCUUCCUGCCAGAGAGGCAGCUACGCCUUCUACAAGUCGGUCGGCAGCAAGACUCGAGCCGACGGCCCCAUGCGGGUGUGGCGGCUGGGCGAGUUUUACUUUGUUCGCUGCGGGCCGGGCGAUCCCGUGUGCAUCGCUGAGGUGACCUUACUAUGGGAAGACCAGACGCAGCGCCACCUCCUGGCCAGCGCCAGACUCUAUUUCCUGCCUGAAGACACGCCGAAGGGUCGAACCAGGGAGCACGGAGAGGACGAGGUUCUCGCCGUGUCUCGAAAGAUGGUGCUGCGGGUGGAGGACCUGGUGCGGUGGUCGUGCGCCGAGCCGGCAGGGUGGAGCGCCAAACCCAAGGCGGCGCCCUGCAUCGCCAACGGGCUCCACAAACCCGCACAGAGCGGCGACACCGACACGGACGGCAACACGACAGACUACAAGCCUCUGAAGGACAAGAGCGAAAAUGGCGUGGCCGAAUGCCAGAGUGUCAAAGUCCUCAGCUACCCGCAGUACUGCCGCUACCGCUCGCUGCAGAGGCGCAUCCAGGACGGCGCCCGGGGCCCGACGCUCCAGGACGCCCACCUGUUGGCUCUGGGCGGCGUCAGGGUGACGCCCAGCACCCGCUUGAUGUACUGCAGGGACACCUUCAACCACCCCACGCUGGAAAGCAGCGUCAGCUUCUCCUGGCAGUUCCGGUGCCCGUCUCUUAGCCUCCGAGGACGACCUCGCAAGAGGCGAGGCCGCGACGGCAGAGAAGGCCCGACCGCUGGUCAGUCGGAAUCCUGGAUUGAAAGGAUGAAGGAGAACGUGAUGGGCAGCGUGGAGGCGGGCGGCGAGGGCGGCUGGCUCCCCCACCCCGAAGAGCAGCUGUUCCUGGAUGAGCUCUUCGCCUUCAUGGAGCGGCAAGGCUCGCCCAUCCACAAAGUGCCCAACCUCGGUUUCAAGAAGAUCGACCUCUUCCUCAUGUACUCGGUGGUCAGACGUCUCGGAGGCUACGAAAAGGUAACGUCAGAGCGCAUGUGGAAGGUGGUUUACAACGAGCUGGGCGGAUGUCCCGGCAGCACCAGCGCUGCAACCUGCACAAGGAGACACUACGAAAGGCUGAUGCUCCCCUACGAAGAGCACCUGAUAGCUGGAGGCAUGGAAAUCAAAAUCCCACAAUGCACCCUGCCCAUGAAGCCCAGAGGCAUCCGAGGGAGGAAGCCGCUCCCACGGGGCAGAAAACCCGGACCCAAAGUCAAAGCCAAGAUGGCGGCCACCCCCCCGAGCACCAUCACCGCCGCUGACGGCGCCGCGGUGUUAGUGAAGCGAGGGCGAGGCCGGCCGCCUGGCAAGCGCAACAAGGCCACGCUGCUCGCUCAGGCCAAACUGCUGGCUCAGCAACAAGCCAAAGUCAAAGCGGAGUCUCUGAAGCCUCUCCUUCCGGCCCGGGGCAGCAGCGGAGCGCCGCCAAACAGCAGCAGCACGCAGCAGGUGUCGCAGCAUCUCCCUUCUCCCUCCCUGCAGCCCAUCCAGCCGGCCCUCCUCCCCGUCAACAUGCCCCCCACCCCGGACCUCUCCCCCAUGUCCACCCCCUUCCUCCCCUUCCCGCCCAAGCCAAAGGAGCCCAAGGAUCGGGCCGGGGAGUCCGCAGCUUUGGCUCCGGGCGUCCUCAUCUCCGCGCUGCCUCGCCACUUUGUGGGCGGAUCGCUGGGCGGAUUCAGUCCCAUCAAAGGUCUGUGUCCCCUGGACGUGCUGAGGAACUGCGUGGGCUUCCAGAGGGUCCUGGAGAGCCCAGCCCUGACGCCCCAAGAGCCGAGUCAGCCGCAUACUACGAUCUACGCCCUCCAGCCUAAACACAGAAGCCCGGAUACCCCCGUGCCGAGCGCAGACCAGCCGCCGGCCCCGGCCCACCCAAUUCAACAGCACCGGAACCCGUGCUCGGGGCGCAACGUGGACGAGGACGGCCAGAGGGGAGGCGCUCGGGAUGCCAGGAACCGUCACCCUUUGCCCCCUCUCCGGGUUCUACCUUUGGACCUGGACUGUAGUGUACAAGUGCGACAGCUGAUGAGGACUCGUCUGGGCUCGACUCAGUUCCAAACCUUCACCCGCCGGCUGUCCGAGGCGCUCUCCCAGGACCUGAGCGCCAAGCCGCCCUGCUCGCCCAUCACGCCGCCGCCCGAGCAGGCCCUGCCCCUUAACCUCAGCAAGCGCUUUACUCUCAAGAGACCCGGGACGGACCCGGUCGAGCUCGUUCGAGCGACCACUAACGGAACCGCCGACGAGCCGUCUCUCAAGAAAGUCAAAGCCGACUGCCUGGAGCGUGCUGAGGACUUCAGUCCGGGCGGCGGCGGCGGCGCCGGGCGCCCCGACUCGGGGUCCGCUGGCCGUGAGGGCCAAGAACUGGGACCCAAGAACCAGGAGGAACCGGCAGACCUGAGCUCGCCUAGCAGGAUCAGGGCUUUCCUGCUCGGCCUGCCGCCAUUCCAGGUGAAACUGGACGAGGAUCUGAACGGGAUGAAGUUUGGCAAAGUCCUUCCGUCGGGUUCCGGCGUGGAAAGCCAGAGGACCGUGACAGUUUUGAAAGACGCCGAAGCGGCGAUAACGGAGACAAGCGACCACAAGUCCGAGUCUGUAACCAAACAGGUAGGAAAUGUCAAAAUGCUUAACGUGGACGUCAAGGACGAAGGGAACGCUUCGGUGGACAAAAUGGAGGACUUCGGCGAUCAGAUGAUAGCCAGUGUGCAAAAGUGUGAUGUGGAGACCACCCAGGGCCACCCGAGCCCCGUUCUGCCCCAGACCAGCGCUCUGGUCCUGGCCCAGCAGAGCUGAAGAACAUCCACCCACAAAACUAUGAGCCACAUUUUUUUUUUUUGCUUUUUAGCAUAAGCGUCCCAGCCUGGUUGGGAGGGAGGGGCCAACAUCUGAGCUCAUUAACUUUUGUUUUUGUGGGGUUGGAUCACAUUCUUACAGUCUCACAGACAAUCACAAACCAUUUCUUUUAUUUGCAGUCAAAUAAGAAGCAGAGACUCUUGAACAAACACUGCCACGUAGCCCUAACCCUUCUCAUCCAUUAUUCAAAAGAAAUAUUGAAUAAGAGCUAUAAAUAAAUAAAAGCUAAGUCUAUUACGCAUAUGGGUGAUGCUAUGCAUCGAGGCGUCAUAAUGAGCAUCUGUACUGUAUUCCGGUAGCUUAAAAUUUGAAAUUGUACUCUACUUCUGUCGAGAGAAAGUUAUUUUCUGAUAUAAAAAGAAAAAAAAAAAAAACGACAACAAAUGUUUCUCGGGAGUCUUCGCAUAUAUCUCGUUGCGUGAGGCGCUCCCGUAGUCGUGCUCGUUAGUUAGCUAGCUGUUAUAUAAAGUGUACUAUUCAUUUCGUGCCUUAAGGGGCCCGCGGUCAUCGCCGGCUUCACUUCGCUUUAAAGAGAUACCUUGACGUCUGGUCAUUUGGCGAGAGAGAUUGGAUCCAUUGUGGGGCCGUGUUGAUAUAGGGCAGUGUUUUCGCAACCUUUAUUGAGCUGAGGCACAUACACCGCUCAUCGGAUUUUGCUUGAAAUUGAAAGACGAAUUUUAAAGUCACUAUAACCUUUUAUUGGUGAACUUCACGUGACCGUCGCGAAACUUUCGAACGCACGUCCCAACUGUUCAAUCUUUCCUUUUCAUCAUUUGGGAAAUUGGAUCAUUUGGUUGGGAAUCGCUGAAACAGCCGUAUUCAAAAUAUUCACAAACGCAUGAAAAUUUUCCCCACAUUGGAUGCUGCCAAGAUCAAAACAAAAACAAAAAAAGUGAGACUUCACAUGUCAAGGUGUCCCUUUCGUCUCUGCCUUUUUCCUUUUGAAAUCAUCCGUUUAACUUUAUGGUUCAAAAUUUGCACACCUCCAUAUUUAUAUGCCUGUCGUCGUUUUCUUUUUCUCUCUCUUGAGCAGUGGAAGCCUCGGCAACUAAUGUUCAUCCUUCACGAUUACCUGGUGCUGUUUGUUUCUUGUCAUACAGCGGUUGCCAUAUUGUUGCUGCGCCAAAGCGAAUAUAAUAUCCAACACUCAAACCUCCACAAACACUACAAACGACAACCCAAAAUGGUAAAAUCUUUCACAUGCGUUGUCUUUUUGCGAGGAUCACAAGGUAGUGGAAUACAUCCCAUUUGUCUUGUCUUUUUUUUUUUUUCCCUCCCCAUUAUCUUUGGCUAAGCAUUCAUAUUUAAUGUCGCCCUGCGUCUGAUCAUUUUACACAGGGAUAAAUAUGGAUGAUUCUUUCUGCAGUUUAAUUUUGUAUUUAUUUAGAGUGAAGAGUUAAGGCGGCGCGUGGCUACUUGAGCGUGUCUGACGCGGUGACUGUUGCUGAGCUGAGAAUAAACUUGUAAUAUUACGAGAAAAGUAAAGAAAAAAAGUUGCAAUGCUACGCGAAAAAUAAAAUUAAAAAAAAUGGGAAAGAACACGUUAAUAAAGGAUAAAGUAAUAUUACGAAGAAAAACUUUUAAUUACAUUUUAUUAGAAUUUUAUGAGCUGGAAAAUAUAAUAGUUGUAAUAUUAGGAAGAAAAAAAGAAAAUCUAAGAGAAGAACGUCACAUUAGUAGAAAAAAACCCCAAUAAAUUUACUAGAAUAAAGUCAUAUUUACGAGAUUAGUUCUAAUGUUAAAAUAACCAGUAAUAUACACCCCAAAAUACAGGAAAAAAGAUAUAUAUAUAUAAAAAAAUAUAUAGUGUAAUAACGUUGGGAGAAAAAAAGUCAUAAUGCUAUGAGAAUAAAGUUUUAAUAUUAUGAGAUAUGUAAGUUUAAAAGGGGAAAAUUUGUCGGACAAAAAAAAUUUCUAUUACAGCAAUAAAGUCAUUUUAUAAGAAAGUUUAUUACAAGAAUAAAGUUGUAAUUUUCCUAGCAAAAAAGGUGUCAAUUUACAAGAGAAUAUUACAGGAAAAAAAAUAUUACUAGAUCAUAGUACUAAGUCGUAGUGUUUGGAAGAAAACGUUUAUAUAUUCAUGAAAAAAAUAGUCAUACUUGAAUUAGAAAAAAAGUAGUAAUUUUAGGAGCAAAAAGUUAAAAAUGUUAUACAAUUUUUUAAAAUAUUACAAGAACAAUGUUGUAAUAUGAGACAAAAUAUUUAAUUCUACUAGAAUUAAGUUGGAAUUUUAUGGGAAAAUGAUAUUUAAAAAUGUUGGAAUGUUGUAACACUACAAGAAUGGAGAAGAGACAAGAACUCGCGAGAAAAAAAGGCGCAACUUUUGCUCGUGUAAAGCUGUCAUUUUUACAAUAGAAAAAGUCGUAUUGAGAAAAAAGUGUCAUAAUUUUCAUUGGCAAUACUUAGUUUAUUUAUCCUUACCUGUUACGAUUGUGCGGGAAUUUGGGACAUGGAAAAAAUCUGACAUUGUCACAUUACUAUGUAACUAAAUAUUCUCAUGGCCAUUGUUGUUUUUCUUGUAAUAUUACAAAUUUAUUCCCGUAACAUUGAGAGGUAGAAGUAUUUUUUCUUGUAAUAUUACAAAUUUAUUCCAAGAACAGUAAGAGGUCUGUUUUUUUUUUUUUUUUGGUACUAAUAUUACCAAAAUGUAAUAUUGCCAAACUUUAUUCGGGUAACAAAUUCUAAUUGUAGUUUAUUUUUUCCUCUUUAAAAACAUGCAACUUUAUUCUCCUCUGCCUUCUUCCAUACGGGACCUAAUUGUCUAAAGUGGCGUUUUUUUGUGCUUUGAGAAAGAAACAUAACAGCCACUUUAAUACGCGCGUGCCAUUUUCAUUUUGUCUUGUCGCUACAGCAAAAACAUUUUGUUGCAUCACGUUCACUCUUCAAGCUACUUUGUUGCUGUGACAUUGUCGCAGCAGCUCACUGGGUGCCAGUUGGUUUAUUUUUUGUUUUUGUUUUUAACAUUCUUGCAUGUUUUAUGUUGGACGAUAUGCCACUGAGGCUGAAUGCCUGCUGGGGGGUGGGGGGGUCUUCUAGUCUAAAGAGCAUGUUUUAAAAAAAAAAAAAAAAAAGUAUUUUUGUUUCGUCUUUAUUUAAGCUUAUGUUAGGUUAUGAUUUUUUUUUUCUUACAAAUUUCACUGUUUACAUUUUUUGUUGUAUGCAUGUUCAGAGUUGUUGAUGUACUAUAUCGGGUGUUUUUGCACACUACCACAGCAUCGAUAGGGUUUCUCGAACGGCACUGUACUUAACAUGAAGUGCCUGAUUACUUUGGAGCCGACUUGGACGUUUAAAAAAAUAUGUAUAUGUUGGUUGACUUGAACACAAUCCCUUGUGACUGUUUAUGGAACGCAAAGGUUAGAAAUGAUAAGGAUAGAAACCAAACUGGACAUUCAGUACUCAUCCACCAUUUGGAAACGUUAACGGGGGUUUGAUUGACGUGAGUGAUCUUCAUCCAGUUCGACUGAUGAAUUUAAAGGUACUGCAUCAUAAAAAAAAAUAAAUUACAAAAAUCAGCUUGAAAGAAAACUGUCUGAAAGAUGGAGAAAUGAUGACAAUUGGCUUCACAUUUGUUGGAAAAUGGGAACAUUUCAUGAUUUUUUGUUUUGUUUUGAUCUGUAAAUAUUAUAUUAGAUAUAAAAAGGAAAUGUACAUAUAAAUGUGUAUAAUUGAAAAGCCCUAAAACAGUGGUCAAAUAUACAUUUUUCAUGAUUUUUCUUUUGUUUGUAGCUGAAAAACAAUAAUUUUCAUGUUAGACAUUUUAAAAAUAAAUUACAAAUUUGUAGACGCAUGCUUUUUCUUGAGCAACUAGCUUGGAAUUUCUUGGGAAAGUGAGAGGGGAAAAAUGAAAAUCCACAAUUUUUUUUUUUUUGUUUUUAUCUGAAAAUUUUGUCCUGUUAAAUUUAGAAAGAAAAUGUUAGGAUUAAAAAAUACAAAUGUUUUAUUUUUUCUUGAACGGCUAGCUAGGCAAAACUAAACUACGUUUCGAGAUUUUUGUUUCGUUUGUUUUUAUCUGGAAAAUUUGUCACGUUGAAUUUAAAUAGAAAAUGUUUAUUAAGACUUCUUAUUGCGAAGCGCUUAAAUUCUUAACAGUGGAAAAGCAUCAAUCAAACGUAAGUUUUCAUUUUUAGCCAAUACAUUAGUUGGAGAUUCAUGUUUUCUUAAACAGCUAGCUAGACAGCUAGCUCUUGAACAGGUGGCUAGCAUUUGUUGGAAAAGUGCGGGAAUAAAACUAAAAUACAAAAAAAUGUUGAUUUUGGAAGAAUUUUGGUCAGAUUUGAUUAGAUAAAAAAAUAUAUAUAUUUAUGUUUCGAAAGGCUAAAAGAAACUCGCGACAUGGCUACGUUGUAGAAUGUAAUGAAAAUGGUUCAAAUGGCUGUUUUUGCAAUUUGAAAGGUUUUAGUUACGGCCAACGCAGUGUAUUAGUGGUUUGCAGGACCGCCUCACAGUCAGGACAUCCGUGUUCCGAUCUCUGUUGGAACGUCUCUGUAUGUUCAGACUGACUGGCGAACAAUCCAAAAUGGAUGCAGCGCCUUUAAACUGUCGAAUGAUGAGUCCCGAUCAAUGUCCCCGUCACGUCACCCUCCUUCUCUGACCUCCCUUUAUUUUUGUAUCUCCUGACACCAAAAUGUAGAUCAACAAGAAGGUAUCUCGUCAUCAUCGACUUUGACGCCACUGCGGCAUUUAAUGAUUUAUUUUUUCUCCCCCUCCAUGAAUUUGUGUCAUUAGAUGAUUGCAGCACAAGCUUGGUUACAGUUUGUUUUUCCUAAUAGCGUUAAAAAAACGAAUGGCAGUGUCGGGUACCAUUCCAUAUUAACACACUGUAUAUUUAUAAUAAAAGUAUUCUGAUAAUAAAAAGGUCUUUUUUAAAUUGUA